AUGACGAACUGCCUGGAUGAAGCUGCUCAACGAGGUCCAGAACCCAAGACACGCACUCUUGCCGAUGAAAAUGCAGCACAUGUGACUGUGAAUGAUCACGGAUACCAGGUAUGUUAUCCCUUUAGUCACAAUGAAUACUUGUAG